CGCCCCCGCCCCGCCGCCCUCCGCCCCGCCGCCCGCCGCCCGCCGCCGGCCGGGCCCCGCCUCGGCUCCGAGCCCCGCUCUGUCGCCCGCAGCCGCCAGCCCCGUCUCCGGCAGCAUGUUCAGCUGGGUCAGCAAGGAUGCCCGGCGCAAGAAGGAGCCGGAGCUCUUCCAGACGGUGGCCGAGGGCCUGCGGCAGCUGUACGCGCAGAAGCUGCUGCCCCUGGAGGAGCACUACCGCUUCCACGAGUUCCACUCGCCGGCGCUGGAGGACGCGGACUUCGACAACAAGCCCAUGGUGCUGCUCGUGGGCCAGUACAGCACGGGCAAGACCACCUUCAUCCGCCACCUGAUCGAGCAGGACUUCCCGGGGAUGCGCAUCGGGCCCGAGCCCACCACCGACUCGUUCAUCGCGGUCAUGCACGGGCCGUCGGAGGGCGUGGUGCCCGGCAACGCGCUGGUGGUCGACCCGCGGCGCCCCUUCCGCAAGCUCAACGCCUUCGGCAACGCCUUCCUCAACAGGUUCAUGUGCGCCCAGCUGCCCAACCCCGUGCUGGACAGCAUCAGCAUCAUCGACACCCCCGGCAUCCUAUCUGGCGAGAAGCAGCGCAUCAGCAGAGGCUAUGACUUCGCAGCGGUGCUGGAGUGGUUUGCCGAGCGCGUGGACCGCAUCAUCCUGCUGUUCGACGCGCACAAGCUGGACAUCUCGGACGAGUUCUCGGAGGUGAUCAAGGCCCUGAAGAACCACGAGGACAAGAUCCGCGUGGUGCUCAACAAGGCGGACCAGAUCGAGACGCAGCAGCUGAUGCGCGUGUACGGCGCCCUCAUGUGGUCGCUGGGCAAGAUCAUCAACACGCCCGAGGUGGUGCGCGUCUACAUCGGCUCCUUCUGGUCCCACCCGCUGCUUAUCCCCGACAACCGCAAGCUCUUCGAGGCCGAGGAGCAGGACCUGUUCAAGGACAUCCAGAGCCUGCCCCGCAACGCGGCUCUGCGCAAGCUCAACGACCUCAUCAAGCGGGCGCGGCUGGCCAAGGUCCACGCCUACAUCAUCAGCUCCCUCAAGAAGGAGAUGCCCAACGUCUUUGGCAAAGAAAGCAAGAAGAAGGAGCUGGUGAACAACCUGGGUGAGAUCUACCAGAAGAUCGAGCGUGAGCACCAGAUCUCGCCCGGCGACUUCCCCAGCCUCCGCAAGAUGCAGGAGCUCCUGCAGACCCAGGACUUCAGCAAGUUCCAGGCCCUCAAGCCCAAGCUGCUGGACACGGUGGACGACAUGCUGGCCAACGACAUCGCGCGGCUGAUGGUGAUGGUGCGGCAGGAGGAGUCGCUGAUGCCCUCGCAGGCCGUCAAGGGCGGCGCCUUCGAGGGCACCAUGAACGGGCCCUUUGGCCACGGCUACGGCGAGGGGGCGGGCGAGGGCAUCGACGACGUGGAGUGGGUGGUGGGCAAGGACAAGCCCACCUAUGACGAGAUCUUCUACACGCUGUCGCCCGUCAACGGCAAGAUCACGGGUGCCAACGCCAAGAAGGAGAUGGUCAAGUCCAAGCUGCCCAACACGGUGCUGGGCAAGAUCUGGAAGCUGGCCGACGUGGACAAGGACGGGCUGCUGGACGACGAGGAGUUUGCACUGGCCAACCACCUCAUCAAGGUCAAGCUGGAGGGCCACGAGCUGCCCGCCGACCUGCCCCCCCACCUCAUCCCGCCUUCCAAGCGGAGGCACGAGUGACCCUGGCGGCCGGCGGUGGGGGGAGGGCAGGGGCCCCGCUUCCCCGGUCCAUAAAGACGGAGCGGAUGUUCCCUCGGCUCUUGCAAAAGGAAGCCGCCAUCUUUCUUUGGGAGGCUGUGCCGGGCCAGCAGGGAGGCGGGGGGGCCGGUGCCCGGAUGUCAAUGAUGGAAUUUUAUGCACAAGAACUAUGGAUAUUUUUAAUAUAUAACGUCAGAGGCAGCCUUCUUUCUGGCCUCCGUCGGACGGCCCUCUCACCCCCCCUGCACACACAGCCUGGCCCCCACCGCCCUCUAGCUCCCCCAUAGCCACUGUGACCGGGGGACACCCCCUGCCUGGCCUGUGGACAGGAAGUACUGGGGUCCCCCAGUUUGUUCCUGAGCCCAGUGACUCGCUUCUGCUCAGUCCGCCCCCUCCCUGCGCCCCUGGCAGAUGACACCCCCACCAGCCUCCCGGGCCCCAGUGCUCCCGCCGCUCCCACCCCCGGCUACCACAGAAGCAAGGCCCGGCCGGCUUUUUGUGGGGAGACCCCAGGGAAUAGGCGGGUGUGAGGACCUGUCUUCCAGAAAAACAAACAAGCUGAUUUCCACUCCACAAAGUGACUCCUCUCCUACUUGACCGAAGUCUCUGGGGACUCCCCGGCCGCUUGUUAGAAGCUGCGGUCUGUGUCACCGUCCUCACGCUCACGCCGGGGUGGCGUCCACCCUGGAGGUUCCCGCUCCACCUCUCACUUUGUGGAACGCUGUGGUGCCUCUCGUUGUGUCCUGCCCGUGCGGAGCUGGUGCCCGGUGCUGCAGCCUGGCCUGGAUCCAGGGACAGCCCUGCCCCCUCCCUCUCGCUGCACAUCACCGUGGGAACACUCCCACUGGCCUCCGCUGGAGCAAGGUGGGGGCCUCAGGAGCCUCCUGACCCCAGGCUGGACGGGUAGAAAGCUAGAAAGCAGAGCUGGCAGGGGCCCAGCUCAGGCCACCCCCCACCCAGGGCCACCUCAGCAGAGCCUGGGGUGGGGGGGACACUCACCACCCCCCUGACCUGCACCCACCAGGGUCCCGCAGCUGGUCAUUGGCGGGUGCCCUCCCCCCAGAGGCUCCACAGGGUCUCAGGCCCCCCAGUGCUGCUGCUCUCCACUUCCUGGGGUCCCUGACCUCCAGCAGCCUCAGCCAAGUUCCUGGGGAGAAACUCGGGGGGGGGCAGCAGUUCCCCACAUUCAGCUGUGGCAGGGGAAAGCCACUGAAGACUGUUCUUGCAUUAAAGAGAUUUUUAAUUGUGUUGAA